AUGCCGAUUCAGAGCGGCAAGUACAGCUGGGCGCCAGUCGCACAAGGCGAUGAGGAGGCUGAGCUCAGGGUAGUCAUCCCCGUUGAGGACACCGUCAAGGCCAAGGACUGCGACAUCAGCAUCGGAAAGAAGAAGCUGAAGGCGGGCGUGAAGGGCCAGGAGCCCAUCAUCGACGACGCCUUCUUUAAGGCACGCCGCCGCAGCGAUGGUGGCGGUGGUGGUCAGGAGCAGGAGGAUCGUUGCUUGUAG